AUGCCUGGCGAAGUCUCGGAAACGUCCCACAAACAGCCAGGAUCUAUAUCUCUAGGACUACGCUUGCCUCAUCCAAAAUUAGGUAGCUGGCACUACCGCAAAGCCGCCGAUGAUGUGCCUGGAUUAGUGCGAGCGUGCCUGCUACUAUCUUGUGCUGUCGGUCCGCCAAAACGAGUCGGAGAGCUCAGCUAUCAUCAGCUCGCAGGCCUCGGUGCGGCAGGCGACGAUGGACACCCGGAGCACACGGCUUACUGCUGUCUAAAAUUGCUGUGA